CACCGUCACCAGGGAAACCCCAGUCCAGAGACUUGCUUCAUGGCCACCGCGAAGAAGGCAGCGGUGGGACCCUUAGUGGGGGCAGUGGUGCAGGGCACCAACUCCACUCGCUUUUUGGUUUUCAAAGCAAAAACAGCAGAGCUACUUAGUUAUCAUCAAGUGGAAUUAACACAAGAGUUCCCAAAGGAAGGAUGGGUGGAACAGGACCCGAAGGAGAUUCUUCAGUCUGUCUACGAGUGCAUAGCGAGAACUUGUGAGAAACUUGACCAAGAAAAUAUUGAUAUAUCCAACAUAAAAGCUAUCGGUGUCAGCAACCAGAGGGAAACCACUGUCGUGUGGGACAGAUUAACGGGAGAGCCUCUCUACAAUGCCGUGGUUUGGCUUGAUCUAAGAACCCAGUCCACCGUUGAGAUUCUUAGUAAAAAAAUUCCUGGAAAUAAUAACUUCGUCAAGUCUAAGACUGGCCUUCCACUUAGCACUUACUUCAGUGCUGUAAAACUUCGUUGGUUGCUUGACAAUGAGAGAAAAGUCCAAAAAGCUGUGGAAGAAGGUCGAGCUCUUUUUGGUACCAUUGAUUCUUGGCUUAUCUGGAGCAUGACAGGUGGAGUAAAUGGAGGUGUCCAUGGGACAGACGUAACAAAUGCAAGUAGGACCAUGCUUUUCAACAUUCAUUCUUUGAAAUGGGAUAAAGAGCUCUGUGACUUUUUUGAAAUUCCGAUGAACAUUCUUCCAAAUGUCUGGAGUUGUUCUGAGAUCUAUGGCCCAAUGCAAGGUGGGGCUUUGGAAGGUAUCCCAAUAUCUGGGUGUUUGAGUGACCAAUCCGCUGCAUUAGUAGGACAAAUGUGCUUCCAGGAAGGACAAGCCAAAAACACAUAUGGAACAGGCUGUUUCUUACUGUGUAAUACAGGUCGUAAGUGUAUAUUUUCUGAACAUGGCCUUCUGACCACAGUGGCUUACAAACUAGGCAAAGACAAACCAGUAUAUUAUGCAUUGGAAGGUUCUGUUGCUAUAGCUGGUGCUGUUAUUGAUUGGCUAAAAGACAACCUUGGUAUUAUAAAGACCUCAGAAGAAAUUGAAAAACUAGCUAAAGAAGUAGGUACUUCUUAUGGCUGCUACUUUGUCCCAGCUUUUUCAGGGUUGUAUGCACCUUACUGGGAGCCGAGUGCAAGAGGAAUAAUCUGUGGUCUCACUCAGUUUACCAAUAAAUGUCAUAUUGCUUUUGCUGCAUUAGAAGCUGUUUGUUUCCAAACUCGAGAGAUUUUGGAUGCCAUGAACCGUGACUGUGGAAUUCCACUCCAUCAUUUACAGGUAGAUGGAAACAUGACCAACAACAAAAUUCUUAUGCAACUACAAGCAGAUAUUCUACAUAUUCCAGUAAUUAGGUCUUCCAUGCCUGAAACAACAGCACUGGGAGCUGCCAUGGCUGCAGGAGCUGCAGAAGGAGUAGGUGUUUGGAGUCUUAAACAGGAGGAUUUGUCAGGAAUCACCAUGGAACGGAUUGAACCACAGAUCCAGGUCACAGAAAGUGAGAUCCGUUAUUCUACAUGGAAGAGAGCUGUGAUAAAGACAAUGGGUUGGGUUUCAACACAGUCUCCUGAAAACAGUGAACUUGCUAUCUUCUCUAGUCUGCCCUUGGGCUUUUUUAUAGUGAGUAGCAUGAUAAUAUUAAUUGGAGCAAGAUACAUCUCAAGCUUGCCCUAAUAAUUGCAGCAUUGGGCUUGCAAAAAGAAACCAGCAAUUCUGAAUUUCAAUAUGAUAAUACUAUUAGAGACUCUGGUUUUUAUUUAUGGACCAUUUACUGCAUGAUCCAUGAGAAGUAGAUCUGUGGCUUAAAAUAAAGAAAAUGCAGUAGAAAAACACUGUAGAAUCGUCAUGUGUUUUGUUGUUGUUUUUUUAACAUAGAUAGUGAAGCUGACACAACAUCUUCCCCCAUUCUUGGAAAAUACAGGAUAUUCAGAUUCUAUCUGUAGAAAC